GAUACUGUGUUUUGCUGCAUGGGGACACAAAACGUCAUCGUUUCCAUUUCCUGUUAUCUGUCAAGUACAAGUGGUACCAUCUUUCUGUUUCCUAUUUCUUUUACUUUGUGUAUGGUGUCAGAGAAGGGCGUCCGUCAUGCAGAUCUUCGUGAAAACACUCACGGGAAAGACCAUCACCCUUGAGGUCGAACCGUCGGAUACGAUCGAGAAUGUUAAAGCCAAGAUUCAGGACAAAGAGGGAAUUCCGCCAGAUCAGCAACGUUUAAUCUUUGCCGGCAAGCAGCUCGAGGAUGGUCGUACUUUGUCCGAUUACAACAUCCAAAAGGAGUCUACGCUUCACUUGGUGUUGCGCCUGCGAGGUGGUGCCAAGAAACGCAAGAAGAAGAAUUACUCUACCCCAAAGAAAAUCAAGCACAAGAGGAAGAAGGUUAAACUUGCUGUGCUGAAAUACUACAAGGUCGACGAAAACGGCAAGAUUCACCGCCUCCGUCGUGAAUGCCCCAGCGAAACUUGUGGCGCUGGAAUCUUCAUGGCCGCACACGAAGAUCGUCAUUAUUGCGGCAAGUGCCAUCUGACACUUGUUUAUUCCAAGCAGGAGGAGAAGUAAAAUGUCUUUAUUAUUCGAAGAACAGCUAUUAUUUAACCUGAAAAAUAAAGUAAAAAGGAAUAUGUAAUACGGCUUCGUUAUCCGUAUUCACGCAACAA